CUCCUGGUCCAACCCCCACCAUGGCUGACACCUGCUGUACAAGGACCUGUGUGAUUGCUGCGUCCACCACAUCUGUAUGCUCUAGUAAUCUGGGCUGCAGCAACCGGAUCUGCUCGCCCAGCACCUGCACCGGUGCCUCCUGGCAGGUGGACAAUUGCCAAGAGAGCUACUGUGAGCCCCCAUGCUGUGCCCCUAGCUGCUGCCAGCCCAGCUGCUGUGCCCCCAGCUGCUGUGCCCCCACCUGCUGCCAGCCUAGCUGCUGCCAAUCUAGCUGCUGCCAGCCCAGCUGCUGCCAGUCUAGCUGCUGUGCCCCAGCUCCCUGUCUAACCCUCAUCUGCAGCCCAGUGAGCUGUGUGUCCAGUUCCUGCUGCCAAUCUUCGUGCACACCCUCAUGCUACCAGCAGUCUAUCUGCCAGCCAGCAUGCUGCACCUGCUCCCCCUGCCAGCAGUCCUGUGGUGUGACUCUUUGCUGCAAGCCUGUCUGCUGCACACCUGUCUGCUGUGGAUCCUCCUCAUGCUGCCAGCAGUCUAGCUGCCAGUCCUCUUGCUGCCAGCCAUCCUGCUGUGUGCCUGUCUGCUGCAAGCCUGUCUGCUGCACACCUGUCUGCUGCACACCCAUCUGCUCUGGCUCUUCCUCAUGCUGCCAGCCACCCUGCUAUGCCCCUGUCUGCUGCAAGCCUGUCUGCUGCAAGCCCUGCUCCAGCAUGUCCCUGCUCUGCCGCCCUGUGUGCAGACCCGCCUGCUGUGUGCCCACCUCCUCCUGCUGUGCCUCUUCCUGCCAGCCCAGCUGCUGCCGCCCAGCCUCCUCCUGUGUGUCCCUGCUGUGCCGCCCUGCCUGCUCCCGCCAGGCCUGCUGUGGCCUCUCCUCAGGCCAGAAGUCCAGCUGCUAAGUGCCAGGACCCACUGGAGCAGCAGGGCACAGGACUACAUCCCCAUCAGCCUGUGAAGGCACAGCCCAGAAGAAAGAUUUAUACCACCUGAAGAGAAACCAGAGCAUAGCUCAACCAUUAGAAGGCCCAGCGUGUUCCUCCUCCACCAGGUCCCAGGGGUGCUGGCUAUUC